AUAGCGCUGGUCAGUCCUUGGGCGGAGAAUGGAAACCUGACCGCCUAUUUGGAGCAUGAAGGUGCGGCUUGUACUCUCGUUAGACGAUUUCAGAUCGUACCUGGUCUCCAAUAUCUACACGCUAAAAAUGUCAUCCAUGGGGACUUCAAUGGGCCUAAUGUGCUCAUCUAUGGUGAUGGCACUGCGUGUGUUUCCGACUUCGGGCUCUCCUUGAUGUAUUCCGAGAUUAUAAGCGCAUCUCAGGCUUCCUAUACAUCCACGCUCAAAGGAAACAUGCGAUGGAUGGCUCCCGAGCUGCUCACAUCAGAGCGGGAGGAUGGAUCUCCAACUCGUCCGAACAAGCAGAGCGACAUUUUUUCGUUUGGUGGUAUUAUGCUACAGGUUCUCACCGACAAGAUUCCCUAUUAUUACCUGCCGAAUGAUGCUGCUAUUGUCCUAUGCAUAGCCAGGUCGCAAAAGCCUUCCCGACCUCGUUAUCCCGCGCUCGUUGAGAAGUAUUGGCAGUUUAUCGAGGAAUGCUGGUCUACUGAUCCUCUGGACCGUCCGUCGACGGAGGGAGCCGACGGAGUGAUCAGGACUGAGUUUUACUCAUUGUCUAGAUCUCGUUGA